AUGGCCAACGCUUACCAGCCCCUGUAUUCCCCGCUCCCGUCCGGUUACAACUACGCCUACCAAGUCCCAGCAGGCCCGGGUAGUGUCCAGCAGCCUUCGCAGAAUGUCUACGCGACGAACACUAGCGGUGGUUAUCCGCCUGACGGGUGGAGUGCGGUUGCGGCCACUUACUCGACGGCUCCACCCUGGGCAUACCCGCCGCGCCAGCAGCCAAUGUACGCUCCUCCCGCAGGGCCGCCGAGUGUACAGUAUGCCCCACAGACGAUGCAGUAUCCGCCGCCGCAAUACGCACUAUCACCGGUACAGUACGCGGCUCUACCGGCGCAGUGGAACACGUUGUACAACAGUCCGCCGGUUUGGCCAACUGCACCGCCCUCUUCGUGGCAUCAAGCGGGUCAAGCAUAUCCAUCCUCUCCCUACCGCCCACCUACAUACGUUCCAGCAGGCGUUGUAUCUGGGCACGUUCAGACGACACCGCCGCCGGCCUUCACCACUUCCGUCGCUGUCCAGAUCCCUGUUCCCCCACCGUGCUCAGCCGUACUGGCUCCGGCAUCUCCUCCUGCACCGCCGGCCACUCAAGACGUCGCCACCAGUUCUUAUGCUCGUCCCCGUCACCUCGUCUACAACGGCUGCCUCCUCGCCGUCAACCAAGAUCCCAACGUGCCCACACCCGCAUACAUCGCCAUCUCCUACACCUGGGAUCCUAAUCCGGACUACGUCGUCGCCUGGGGCCGCCGCGUGACGGCUCAGGCGCUCCGGGUCGUCAGCGCCCUAGCGACCCGCACGUCCUACGCGCUCUGGAUCGACGCACUGUGCAUCCCGCAGGACGACGAGGUGGCGAAGCAAGCGGAGCUGCCGCACAUGGCGGACAUCUACCGCGGCGCGGCGGAGGUGUGGUGCCUCGUAGGGUGCCUCGACCGCAACGCGCGCGAGGCGAUCGACCGUUGCGUGCGGUUUGUCACGGACGGCUCGCUCAAGCGGCAGCAGGACAGGGGGGCGGGGGCGCACCUGCUCCUGUGGUGCAUGCUCGGGCAGCUGCACGGCGAGCAGCAGGUGGAAGCGGUGUUUGCGCACCGAUGGUGGGAGCGCGCGUGGACGUUCCAGGAGGCGGCGCUGAACCCCCGCACGUUCCUUGUUGGGGACGGCGGGGACCGCGUGCCUGUCGCGGACGCACUGAAGGCCGCGCUGGUCGCGCGCUGCACACAGGCCUCCCGCACCAACGACAAGGUACUCGGGCGCCGCAAGGCGUUUUGGGACGGCGCCCUCGCGCUGGCGGCGGCCGCGACGCGGGCGUUCUCGCUCGGCGAGGCGAUGGCCUGCGUCUGGCGGCGCAGCGCGUCGCUGCCCCACGACCUCGUCUACUCCCUCCUCGGCGUCGUCGGGCUCUCUGCCCAGGUCGCGCCGUCCUACCACACGCCGCUCGACGACGUGCUGCGCGCGCUCUUCCAGGCUGCGGCCGGCAACGGCGACUACAGCUGGCUGCUCUGGUGUGCCGCGAUUCCUCGCGACGCAGACAACAGCCCGCACCCUGGCAUGGGCCUCGUCCCGACCCCGACGCACGUCAUGGCAUCACCGUUCACCGUCACCACCGAGUGGACCGCCGCGCCCGCGCUCCCCCCUUCGCUGGAAUGCGGGCCCGUAGGCCCGUCUGGCCUCGCGCUCCCAGUCCGCCCGCUCGGGCGUGUGCAGGCGCAUGCGGGGCCGCUCACGCUCGAGGCGGCGGCGGCGCACCUGUGCGCGGGCGGGCGGUCCGCGGCCGAGAUCUGGGACCUGCUCUUCGGGCUGUCCGUCGGGCUCGCCGCGGAGGUCGCCGCCGCGCUCGAGGACGCCGCUGUGGCGGGGCCGCUGCUCGAGCACACGUUGCGCAUGAUCGUCGCGCGGCGGGACGCGCGCAACGGGGAAUCCUACAACGUGUCGUUUGAGUUUGGGCAGAGGGCGCGCAAGGCUGCGUAUCUGGACUACGCGAACCGGGCGGAGGGGGCGUGGUUCCACCGCGGGGGCACGACGGCGCUCGUGGUGGUGUCGUGUGCGGCGGGGGAGGCGGUCUUUCGGGCAGAGGACGCUGGGCUGAUCGAGGUCGGCGCCGCUGUGGUCGCGCUGCCCGUGGCGCCGGUGAAGAAAGGGGACGGGGAGAGGGACUUCGUCUGCGUGUUGGUGGAUACUGGCGCGGACAGCGCUCGGGCGUGUGCGACUGCGCUUCUGGUGAGACGGAAGGACGCCCCUGUAGGAUGCUGGCAGACCAGGCGCAUCAAUUGACACAGGCUUGCCAACAUGCAAUGUCCGAACGACCACCUCGUCUACUACUUUGUUAUCGUCGUGUUGUCUAAGAUUUGAAUGACUCUCACUUCACGCGCAGUAGCCUAGUAGACUUCCAGAUGUUCUGUCGUCGCCCAGGCCGACCCCGAUACGCUCCCUAUGGUACAAGUAUACAGACUUCUCAGUUAUAAUGCA